AUGUUUCUCUUUGUCAAAACAGUAUUUACAUUACUGAUUCAAAUCUCUUCAGUUCUACCAGGCAAAUGGGGCUCCGAAAGUGAAAUCUGUCUAAAACCACUUUUCAAAAAUCUCAAACUCGACUUUGAGAAUAUUAUAAGAUCUUUGCAAGACACAAAACUUCGUUGUGAUUUCAUAAAUCAGGAUUCAUAUCUUCAAGAACUCUAUGAGAAUAGAAGUACGAUUGAGUUUUCAAUAGAACUUGGGACCAAGAAUAAUACCAUGGGUAGUAAGAUAGAACUAUGUGAUCUGAAUACGAAGAUUUACAGUGAGUUUUUUUUACUGAUACUACUCUUAAAAAAUGCAUUUUGAGCCGCGCUUUAUGGAGCAUACCUCACUAAUUUGGCCAAAGAUCAUAUAACUCAAGAUGAAUACGACAGAUCAAUUUCGAUUCUAAGCUCCAAUUCAGGAUCCCUGACAAUCCGAGGAACUCUGAAAUGCGGUGAAGAUUCUCAUCAAGCCAAUAUAUUUCUAUUCAGUUGUGAUGGUCAGAAUUUAGCUGAUAUGUCAACAGAACUCGAUGGUGAAUUCAGUUUCCAUAUGGAGAAGCAUGUUUUUGAUGAGUGGAAUAUCUACAUGAAGAUUGUUCAUAAUUGUAAUAGCACUGCUGACAAUGAGAAGAGUGUGGUGGUUUUGAAAAAUAUUACAGAGAAUAUGGGGAUUUUGGAUUUGGCAAAUGAGAUUUUGUGA